ACAGUGAGCUGAACAACAAUAAUUGAAAAAAGGUGCUCCGCUAUCCUGCUGCUGGGAGGCAAUUAAUAAUUCCACUCUUUUCUUUAAGAAUUUGAACACUUUGGCUGAAAAACUGCCAAUUAUGGCUGAGGAUAAGAUGGAAACGGCGGUUGGCUACGAGUACGAUGAGUACAAGGAGUCUUUUCCCUAUUCAAGUGCCGUGGAGAUUGUCGAAGUCGUCAGCGAGAUCGAUCUACUCGAUGAAGGCAGGGACGCGAAAAAGCCGAAUGACCCACGGAGUCGGCUCAUGAAAAUGCUGGACAACCUUGAAGAUGAAGUUGAAGGCUUGAGGAAGAAUGCCAUGGCCCUCGAGGACAAGAAGGAGACCCUCCUUGGCAACUUGGACAUCAUUCGUCAAUCGCAGGUCGUCGACGUUCUCAACGAUGAUGAGAAGAAGGAAAUUGAAGACUACAUAGACAUGAUUUCUUGCCGCUGCAAGACAGUCCAGAUAAAAGUCAACACAAUGAGGGACCAGCAGCAAGAGGAGUCUUUACAUAAUGUGAAUUCUUUGAUUGAUUCCAUGGUUUUGAACCUGCAGUCUGAUCCGCUUGGUACCCGCGGUCGUUGCCUGUCUUACCUGAGCUCUUUCUACCGCUACGAAGACGACAACGAGGUGCUUGUGACCAUUGCCUCAAAACUGCAGCCAAUGCAUGCUGACAAAGGCUUCGAGAAUGCUCUCCUGGGUUGCACCCUGGACGACCAGAAAUCUGUGAAACGUCGUCUCAGGGGACUUCUCUCUUACAUCACCAACUUGUAGACUUCAGCCUAUUCCCCGUUGCAGGCUCCUCUGAAGACUGCUUUCAUGCAAAACGCUGUUACGUUUAUUUUUGUCUCUAACUGUAAUUGCCUGAAUAUGGAACUGAGUUGUAAGUUCAGGCCAAGAACUGAAUAAUACAUUAUGAUUGACUGAAAAAGUUGCUGAUAGCAAAAUCCACGCCUAUCUUGCUUGAAUUUUUUUAAUGUGAAAUAAUAAUUUGAAGGAUUUUUUGUAAGAGCUAUGAAAAUAUCAAAGCAAGUUGACUGACGGAUGAGAAAAUUGAAUUAUUUGCUAUCUGUGCACUUUAAUUGUAUCUCAAGACUCAACCCCAAAAGUUAAAUUAUUGUAUUGCAUUAGCUAUGAAUUUCCCGCAGCCUAAAGUUGCUUAUGAAACAUUUCAAAAUGUCCAUGAUAUAUGGAGGGGUCUCAAACAUUCUCAUGUUGGUGUUCAUUUGUGUUUCCUUUUUGAGUUUGUUAAAUUUAAAAGUUACGACCAGUUACAAUGUAUGUAAGAUUGAAAAUUUUAAUUGAGUUCCAAAUACUGAAGUUAUUCCAUUUAACUAUCUUCAAUAAAUCGAUGAUCAAUUUCUUAGUGAAUAUUUGCAGAAUGCAGUUUUUGCUUCAGGCCAGUUUUUUUAAAGAUUUGUGUCAAAUUGUGUUAAUCAAUUUGCAUGAAGUCGUCUAUCAAGCUGAGUGGUUUAUUGUAUCACCAAAAUAUUAAUUAAAAUUGAAUUAAAUUACAAAUUC